AUGGAGAAUAUAAGCACAAUUGAAAUGAUAAAAUGUGUCAGAGAAGCCGUCAAAGAAUACACGGCUGAAUUCAUUGAAAGUCAGAUCAAAAGAGACGUUGCCAAACUAGAAAGAUAUUUCGUUGAAAACAACAACUGUAAGCUGCCGAAACGUGAAAUGAAAAAACUUUCGAAAAUGGUUGCUAUAGGCAAAUCCGGUUGGGUGGAUACAUUAAUUCGAAGAACGUCCCACUUCAAUUCAUUGCCUCUUCAUGAUCAGUACGAUAUAAUGAAGAAUUUACAAGAUUGUCACCGUUCCAAUAUUUUGGCAGAAGAAACAGUAAAGCACCGAGUAGACAUAACGAUGCCUGAUGAUGGCAUCAAUAUCAAAGGACAAAUUUGUUUCAAAGAUACCUUUCGCCGCGAGAAAAUGGAAAAUAUGAAAUAUUUUCUGCCCUUUGUUAGAGACAAGUUCAUGAACGAGGAGUGUUGCAUAUGCAACGAAGAAUUUGUGCAGAGUUCCUUCGUCUACGAAAUGGGUUGCAGACACGCAUUCCAUUUCAAAUGUUUGGACACUUGGCUAGAAAACAAAACAAGUUGUCCAUAUUGCCGCAAAGCUGUUGUGUCUAAAAAGUCAACUGAUACCAAGCAUCAUGUUAGAGAGGAAGAGGAUGGCAGUCAAACCGUCAUCAUCGUCAUCCUGAUCUCACCUAAUUUUUAUUGA